CUACUAUAUAUAGCUACUCUUCUCAAGACUUGUUUUCUUGAAUUCCCCAACACUACUUGCUGUAUAUAUUUUCCUAUUUUCAUCAUCUUCUUGAUUCAAAACCCUACUACACAGAUGGAAGAUCAUCACUCUAUUAACUCUAUGAUGAGAAAAUCUGUGUCUUCUGAAAAUACAAGAGCCACUUCUCAUGAGUCCCCUGAGGAGAGUAGUUGGACUAUGUACUUGGAAGAUUUGUUGACAAGCAAUAAUGAUGAUGGGGACGAUGAUGAACGCAGUCCCUUCUCCUCAUAUGGUUAUGAAAACUCUUCCAUAAUCUCCGAUGCUGCUUCUGCGGUUACCAGAAAGUUGAGUGCUAUUAAUGGAGAAGUUUUAGGGUUCGAUUAUAGAUCGAGUUUCGAAUUCGACAGGAAAAAAGGGAAAGAAGAUUUUCUUGAUGAUGCUUUGGAGGAUACGGCUAGCUCUCCGGUAAAUAGUCCCAAGGUUUUUAAUCUAAACCAGUCAGAUGUGAGACCAACACAGCAAAACAAUAACCCGGACAUAUCUUAUACGGAGAAAGGAAGUACUUCUGGGCUGUUAGUAGAUGAGAGAAAUGAAUUGGGCUUUAUUGGGAGGGAAAGUGACUGCACAGACCUGAAGAAAAGAGGACUUUGCUUAGUUCCUUUCUCUGUGGUAGCAAACUAUUUUGGAUGAUUUAUUAAUUCUUGUCAAUGUCAUCACCAUAUCCAUUUACCUGUACUUCAUCGCAGUGAAUAUACAUAUACAUCUCUCUCUCUCUCUCUCUCUCUCUCUCUC